AUGGACCGCGCCGCGCGAUACGCCAAUGCGGAAGCAGCAGAGAAGAGGAAGAAAGAGGAGGAGGAAGGCCGCGGACAGGGCGACAGGGCAUCUCACCCUCAAGAGGAUCGCCGCCCUCCCCGGUCGCGACGUGACCGGGGUCCCCGUCUAGCCCCGCUGCGACACUUGACCCCGUUGACACAGCCUGUUAGCAUAAUCCUGGACCAUGCCGAUGACAUGGGCAUCGUGUCGUUCCCCGAGGAAUGCUUAAAGAUCUCCCCCAAAGCCGACCCGAAGAAGUAUUGCCGCUUCCAUCGGCAACGUGGACACGACACCGACGAAUGUAUGGUCCUCAAGAGGCAGAUUGAGGAGCUCAUUCAACGGGGAUACCUGGGGCAAUACGUGAAGAGGUCCGGGCAGGACCACGCAAAAAGCCCUGACAACACCCGAAAGAAGAAGGAUGGCACCGGGCCUUCUACUUCUGCCCCACGCAAGAGGGAGCUCGACCACCUCACGGAGGACGAGGAGACCGAGCCAGACAGCCCACCAAAGAAGAAGGUCAUCCAUGUCAUCUUCGGCGGCCCGGAGGGAGGGGACACACCCGCUGAGAGGAAGAAGUGGGCGCGGAGCCUAUACGUUGGGGAGGUCGUCAGAGCACCCCAUGAGAAGAGGACACGCAGGGAGCCCAUAACGUUCACCGACGACGACCUCCCGGAUGGACCCUUACCCCACCGGGACGCAUUGGUAAUCCGCUUGGACCUUAAUGACACCAUCGUCCACCGGGUACUGGUAGAUACAGGGAGCUCCGUGAAUGUCAUGUAUUAUGACACCUUCACGCAACUCGGGUUAUCCAGGAAGCAGCUUUCCCAGGUUCGGACUCCGCUAUCCGGCUUCACCGGAGACUCCAUUGAAACAGAAGGGUCCGUCAUCCUUAAAGCGCAGAUCGGCACCCCGCCACACGUCAAGACAUGGGACAUAGAGUUCGUGGUGGUAAAGAUCAGCUGCGCCCACAACAUCAUCCUUGGCAGACCUGCCUUGGAGGACCUCAGGUGCGUCAUCUCUAUGGAGCACCUUUGUCUCAAAUUCCCUACUACCACCGGAGUGGGCACUGCGGGGGGGGGGGGGGACCAGAAGAUUAGCCGGAGUUGCUACUUGAAGGCCUGCCGUCAAAUAGCGAGGAAGGAUCUCCAGGUACACACAGUAACCGAGAGGGCACUCAGGGAAGAAGAGAAGCGACCCCGCGCUGAACCCGUGGUGGAGACGGAAGAGGUCAUCCUGGACCUCAGUCGACCUGAUAGGAUGGUGAAGGUUGGCACAGGCCUCCCGGCCGACCUCCGAGGUCGGAUUAUCGAGGUAUCCGCAGCUAUAAAGACGUGUUCGCUUGGGGUCCCGAAGACAUGUCGGGCCUCAGCUGGGAGGUCAUCACGCAUAAACUGGCGGUGGACCCCAAAGCCAAGCCUGUCCAACAAAGGAAGCACUACCUCGCGCUGA